AUGUUCGGCCGACAACAACGGACCCAGUUUUCCAAGCGAAGCAGCUCUGGCUGCUCGUGGCCCGAGAGCGACAGCGACGACGACAUCGUCAUCCGCCCCUGCGCCUCCGACGAAAAGGCCGACGCCUCAGUUACCAUGACCGAGUAUGUCCCGUCGUCGACCGCCGUGGGGAUGGAGCAGCCCACCAGCUCCCGGCCGUCCCUCACCGGCCGCCGCUCCUCUGCAGAGGACGCCAAGCUCGAAGCCCUCUGGGAAUGCAUGCUGGAACUGCAACAAAAAUACCACUGCUACAACUCGACGCGCAUGGAGAUUGCUGCCGACAGCGAGGAUGCUAUGGGCAUGAUGCCCACCAAGUACUGCAUGGACAUGCUCAACGACUCCAUCGAGUCUCUCCCCGAGGAGGGCUGGAAGAAGCUCAGCAAGUUCCUCGUUACAGACUUUGACACCUGUCAGAAGUCGCAAAAGUGGAAGUUCUGGAAGCACGGCUAG